AUGUCCGAUUCAAAGAUCUACGAUGUGGUCGUUGUUGGAGGCGGUCCAUUCGGACUGGCUGCUGGAUACGAAGUAGCUAAAGCAGGAGCCAGUGUCAUGAUCCUCGAACAGAACAAUUUCUUCAAUCAGGCCGGAAGUUCAGGCGAUCUAGCACGCAUGUUCCGCACCAUGUACACCGAAGAGUUCGUGGCUGAGCUCGCUACCAAGACCAUGAAGCAUUGGGAUGCCCUCGAGAAGGAUGCUGGCGUAUCACUUCGCUGGAUGGGUGGUCUAUUCAACUUUGGCGAUAAGGAUAUGGGCAACGAUACACCUGAGGUCAAAGCUCUUGUCCUGUCAGAAUUUCUAUCUGCUGAUGAACUCGACAGGAACACUACUUGGGCCGAUCGAUAA